ACAGAAUUAUCAGUAAACGUAAGACACCUUCUAGUGUAAUACUUGUUUUGUGCAGUGAAAGUAUCAUGGCGUCAACGAACGUUAACGAAGAUUUGAGAAAUGAAAGAACUAAGUGUAAUUUUAAUGUAGAAGAAUUGACUAAUUUGUUAGAUGAUGGAAAAAUUAAUACAAAAAGGAGACGAGAUCUCGAGGAAAAAGUAUUAAAUGUAAAAGGGAUUCGAGAUGAGAUUCCCGAAGACUAUCUUAGUCAUAAAGAAAAGUAUGAGAAUGCAGUACGAAAAUCUGUUUUGUUGUAUAAAGCGUUACGAGAAUAUACAGACACGAGCAUUCCUUUCGAUCAGAAAAUUCGGGCGAAUCUUCGCAAUUCAAUACCAGCUGCAAUUGUUAAAGACAAUUCGCCUUUUAUGCUCCACUCCGAAAUGUUCAUUAUAGCAAUCAUGGGCCAGGGUACUGAUGAACAGAAAGAGUAUUGGUUGAAAAGGGCUAAUAAUCUGGAAAUUAUAGGAACCUAUGCUCAGACGGAAUUAGGGCAUGGUACUUUCCUUCGUGGCUUGGAAACUACAGCAACUUACGAUGCCAAUACAGAAGAAUUUAUUCUAAACAGCCCUACACUGACUGCUUACAAAUGGUGGCCUGGAGGGUUGGCGCACACAGCAAAUUACUGUGUAGUUAUGGCGCAGCUGCUCAUAAAAGAUAAGAGUUACGGUAUUCAACCGUUCAUGGUGCAGAUUCGGGAUGAAGAAACUCACAUGCCUUUACCGGGCAUCAAAGUUGGAGAAAUUGGGCCUAAACUCGGGUUCAAUACAGUGAAUAAUGGAUUUCUUGGAUUCGAUCAUUUAAGAAUACCGCGGGAAAGAAUGUUAAUGAAAAAUGCACAAGUAUUGAAGGACGGUACAUUCAAAGCUUCCCCAAAUAGUAAGCUCGCUUACGGUACGAUGGUGUAUGUGCGGGUGAUGAUUGUGAACACGGUGUCGAAGUAUCUCGCUAGAGCAGUGACGAUUGCCAUACGAUAUUCAGCUAUUAGGAGACAAUCACAACCAAAACCUGGGGAGCCAGAACCUCAAAUUUUGGACUACGUAACACAACAACAUAAAUUAUUGAUAGCACUUGCAACGACUCAUGCUUAUCAUUUCACAGUGCGAUGGCUUUGGGAUUUAUACAGCAAUGUUAACAAAGAUCUUAGUCGAGGACAGUUGGAUAAUUUACCGGAGUUGCAUGCAUUGGCUUGUUCAUUGAAAGUCGUCAGUUCUGCUGACUGUACCGCCCUUAUAGAAAAGUGUCGUAUGGCGUGCGGCGGUCACGGCUAUAUGCUUUCAUCUUGCCUUCCGCUGCUUUAUGGAGUAUCGACUGCCACGUGCACCUAUGAGGGAGAGAACACAGUUCUGCUGCUGCAGGCAGCUAGGUCUUUAGUCAAGGCAUGGCAUCAAGCCUUAAAAGGCCAACCAUUGAGCCCCUCCAUGUCUUAUCUCGAAGAUAAAUCACCGCCAACAUCGUGGAAUAGCUCACUCGAUGGAAUAAUUAGCAGUUUUCAAAGAGUUGCCAGAGGUAAGCUAUCAGCAAGCGUGUCCGCCCUCGAACAAUAUAUGGCAUCUGGACUGAGUCCUGAAGACGCCUGGAACAAAGCAUCUAUCCAGUUAACAGCAGCAGCUGAGGCACAUGCUAGAGUUAUCGUACUCACAGUUUACAAGGCAGAAGUAGAAAAAAGAGCGGCUUCUCUAUCACCUCCCUUACGAGCAGUAUUAUAUCAACUUCUUGAACUUUAUUUCAUCUUCUGGACAUUGGAGAAGAUGGGAGAUUUAUUAUUGUAUACCAAGCUAUCUGAGAUUGAUAUUCGUGGUUUGCAAAAGAAAUAUGAAGAUCUUCUUGAGAAAAUUCGACCUAAUGCUGUCGGUCUCGUCGACAGUUUCGAUUUUAGAGAUGAGAUACUGAAUUCUACACUUGGUGCCUAUGACGGACGCGCUUACGAGCGCCUCAUGGAAGAGGCCCUAAAGAGUCCAUUAAAUUCAGAACCGGUCAACCAAUCAUUUCACAAGUACUUAAAACCAUUCUUGCGUGGUAAAUUGUAACACGUAAUAUGAAAAUGUAUAUUAUAUUUGAGAUGCACAUUUUAAUUGCUUUGCGUUAAAUAUGUUUCUCAUUAUACGUCACAAUUA